AUGCGUGUUCUCAUCAUCGUCGCCUUCGUCGGAGUCGCAUUGGCCGGAGAUGACCCGGACCGUGUCGCCGCCGACAUGCCCGGCCCGAUCGGCUUCACCCCGUCUCUGAACGGCGGUGCUGAUGUUGGAGCUGGAGCAGGAGCUGGAGGUUUUAACGGCGGCGCUGACAUCGGAGCCGGAGCCAACACCGGAGGCUUCAACGGACCCCAGAAUGACCCUGGCUUCGGAGGCCAAGGCCCGAUCGGAUCUGGAGUUGGUCAGGGACCCAUUGGAACCGGAAUCGGACCCGGCGUCCCUGUUGGACCUACUGGAGGCUUCGGAGGAAACGGAAACUUCGGAGGGCCCAUUGGACCCAACGGAAACAACUACCCGGGCGGAAACGGCUACCAGGGAGGCAAUAACUACAACGGUGGCAACAAGUACGGAGGCGGUAACUCAUACGGAAACAAGUACGGAGGAAGCUCGUAUGGCCAAGGAGGCCUCGGAGGCGGCAACUACGGCAUCGGCGGCGGCUUGAACAACUACGGACCCCAGCCUAACGCCUACGGCAACAACGGCUACAACAAGCCCCGCGGAGGAUACGGAGGAAAA